AUGCCGAUGCUUCCACCUGCCAACGCGCUAAAACGGUCUGAAACAGGCGGCACAGAACAGGAGACAGUCGCUGGUGAUGCUGCAAAGAGAACCAAAGUGAUCGAAAUGGCUCAAAAAGUCACUCGUCAAAUCAUCAGCACGGCUAACGCUCCUGGAGCCAUCGGCCCUUACAGCCAAGCCGUUCGUGCUGGAAACACCAUUUAUCUGUCCGGUUCGUUGGGGUUGGACCCAAAAACCGGCGAUUUAAAGGAGGGAAUCGUCGAACAGACUCAUCAAAGUCUCAAGAACAUUGGAGAGGUUUUGAAGGCGGCUGGAGCUGAUUAUGGACAUGUCGUCAAGACCACUGUUCUCCUCCAAGACAUUAAGGAUUUCGCAACUGUCAAUGAGGUCUACGGACAAUAUUUCAAGGCACCAUAUCCAGCUCGUGCCGCCUAUCAAGUCGCCGCUCUUCCCAAAGGAGGACUCGUCGAGAUUGAGGCCGUCGCGAUUGCCGGAGAAAUCGAAGAAGUUCAAAAUUAG